AUGGCUCAGCUCAAGCAACAAUUCAGAUCAUCAAAGACCAAGAGUGGUAGCAAUGGCUUCACCAGAAAGUGCGCAUCUUUGGUUAAAGAACAGCGUGCCAGGAUUCACAUUAUACGCCGUUGCGCCACCAUGCUUCUGUGCUGGUAUAUCCAAGGAGAUGAGUAA